GGGUGAUCUCCAGGUCUGGGUUUGAGAGUCCUGUUGUGAUCGCUGGACCCUGCGCGGUCACAGGGCCCCGGGCACACCAUGGCCGACGCAGACGAGGGCUUUGGCCUGGCGCACACACCCCUGGAACCUGACUCAAAGGAUCUCCCCUGUGACUCAAAGCCAGAGAGCACGCUAGGGGCCCCCAGCAAGUCCCCAUCGUCCCCACAGGCCGCCUUCACCCAGCAGGGCAUGGAAGGGAUCAAGGUGUUUCUCCACGAAAGAGAGCUGUGGCUGAAAUUCCACGAAGUGGGCACGGAGAUGAUCAUAACCAAGGCGGGCAGGCGGAUGUUUCCCAGUUACAAAGUGAAGGUGACUGGCCUUAAUCCCAAAACGAAGUACAUUCUCCUCAUGGACAUCGUCCCCGCUGACGACCACAGAUACAAGUUUGCAGAUAAUAAAUGGUCGGUGACUGGCAAAGCGGAGCCCGCCAUGCCGGGCCGCCUGUACGUGCACCCAGACUCGCCGGCCACCGGGGCGCAUUGGAUGCGGCAGCUGGUCUCCUUCCAGAAACUCAAGCUCACCAACAACCACCUGGACCCGUUCGGGCAUAUUAUUCUAAAUUCCAUGCACAAAUACCAGCCCAGAUUACACAUCGUGAAAGCCGACGAAAAUAAUGGAUUUGGCUCAAAAAAUACUGCUUUCUGCACCCACGUCUUUCCUGAGACGGCGUUUAUCGCGGUGACUUCCUACCAGAAUCACAAGAUCACCCAGUUAAAGAUCGAGAACAAUCCCUUCGCCAAAGGCUUCCGGGGCAGCGACGAUAUGGAACUGCACAGAAUGUCAAGAAUGCAAAGUAAAGAAUAUCCCGUGGUUCCCAGGAGCACAGUGAGACAGAAAGUGGCCUCCAACCACAGCCCUUUCAGCAGUGAGCCUCGAGCUCUCUCCACCUCAUCCAACUUGGGGUCCCAGUACCAGUGCGAGAAUGGUGUGUCAGGACCCUCCCAGGACCUUCUGCCCCCACCCAAUCCGUACCCACUGCCCCAGGAGCACAGCCAGAUUUACCAUUGCACCAAGAGGAAAGCAGAUGAAGAAUGCUCUACCGCAGACCAUCCCUACAAGAAGCCCUACAUGGAGACAUCGCCCAGUGAAGAAGACCCAUUCUAUCGCCCCAGCUACCCCCAGCAGCAGGGCCUGAGUGCCUCCUACAGGACAGAGUCAGCCCAGCGCCAGGCCUGCAUGUAUGCCAGCUCCGCGCCGCCCAGCGAGCCUGUGCCCAGCCUGGAGGACAUCAGCUGCAACACGUGGCCCAGCAUGCCUUCCUACAGCAGCUGCACGGUCACCACCGUGCAGCCCAUGGACAGGCUACCCUACCAACACUUCUCGGCUCACUUCACCUCGGGGCCUCUGGUGCCCCGGCUGGCUGGCAUCGCCAACCACGGCUCCCCCCAGCUCGGGGAGGGGAUGUUCCAGCACCAGACCUCCGUGGCCCACCAGCCUGUGGUCAGGCAGUGUGGGCCUCAGACUGGCCUGCAGUCCCCUGGCGGCCUGCAACCAUCUGAGUUCCUCUACUCCCAUGGCGUGCCAAGGACCCUGUCCCCACACCAGUACCACUCGGUGCAUGGGGUUGGCAUGGUGCCAGAGUGGAGCGAGAAUAGCUAAAGCGAAGCCUGCUUCCUUAACAGACAUUUGCUAGAGAGAGAGGAGAGAGAGAGAGAGAAAGAGAGAGAGAGAGAGAGAGCAGGAGAGAGACAGUAGCCGAGAGAACCCCACAGACAAGGUAUUUCAUUUCACCCCACAUUCAUGCCUGCACUUGAGACCCCCAGACACUGAUCUAAUCAGUAGCCUGAAACCACAGUUCAAAAAAUGUGACUUUGUCAUUUCGUCUCAAAACUUAAAAAAAA